AUGCAUAUUGUGCCUUUGAGCAUAAAGUACAAGUUUUUUAAUGUGAAGUUGGAAGAAUGGUUUAGCUUGAACAUUAAUCAUAGCUUAAAGGCAGAGGCGGGUUGGAGUGUGUUUUGGGCGAUGGCAUGCCACUCUAUCUGUUUUUGGCAGAAUCGAGAGGAUCAUAAUGAGGAGUUUGUGAGGCCUUUUAACCCCACCUUACACAUGCAUGGUCGAUUGAAGGAGUAUGAGGAUGCUUUGGUUUUGAAUAAGAAGGUUGUUAGGAGGAACAAGAAGAUCAUGCUUAUUAAGUGGAUACCUACGAAGCUAGGCAUGGUGAAAUUUUAUGUGGAUGGUGCUUGCAUUAAGGGAGUUGCGACAGGCUGUGGGGGAAUUGUUAAAGAUGAUAAAGAUUAUUGGUUGGGUGGUUUCGCUAAAAGUGUAAACAUGUGUAGUAGCUAUAUGGCUGAGUUGUAG